AUGGAUCUCAUUCCAGAUUUUGAUCAAUGUUGUGAUUCCUUGCAGACUUUAACUCUGGAAUUGGGACUUGAUGCAGAAUAUAUGCAAGCGUACAACCAUCAAUUCCUCAGCCGAUUCUACUUGGCUCCGGAUACACGUGACUACGUCAUCCAGUGGAUGAUACUGGUAAAAAUACUUUGGUGGAAAGGUAUUCCAACGCGAAUUUUGCAUGCAGCUGUAGGUCUGAUGGAUCUGUACACCUGGCUUCGACCCAUAACACGGCAAGACUAUCAGUUAUUGGCCCUGGCAGCAAUUACAAUGUCUAUUCGCACCAGAUCGCCUAAUAUCCAAAUAAAUCAUUUUGAUCUUUGCACUACCGCUAAUCACGUAUACACACAGGGUCAGAUUUUAAGAAUGGAAGAAAUGUUAAGAGAGUGCAUUGGAAGGAGGAUUAAUUUUCCAACACCGCAUAGAUUCCUUGACCUCUAUUUGUUCGGUCUCACCGAGUUUACAGCUUCCAUGCUGGAAUGGAGUAGAAAAGCUUGCAAUUACAUCUUCGAAUUGGGUCUGUGUCAGGACUACCUGUGUCGAUACUCCGCCAGUUUGCGCUGCUGCGCAGUGCUUUAUCUCAUUCGUCAGAUCCUACGACUGAGGUGUGACUGCUCGCCUGAAUGCCCUCAUCACUUUAUGCCAGCAUGGACAACUACCCUAGUAAGAUUUACAGGUCACAGAGAGACCAUGAAUCUGAAGAGGCUAGCUAAAUUCUAUGGUCAAAUUCUCCUCUCCAUUGAGGAGGAGGUCAUUCCACACUAUCUGGCCCAUCACACGAACGUACAAUACACGGUAUGUCAAGUGCAGCUCUCUGAUAGUAGUUAG